CUUUCUCCCUCUUCCUCCACACCAACACAAAACAAACAAACAAACAAACAUCAAUUCCAACAACACUUCAAAAAACAAAACACCAAAAAUGAAGAAUAUCAUGCAACAACAAUCUCUAAUUUCCACUUCAUUCCUUAUUCUAGCAAUUACUUUCUACACCACCACUACAACUUUAGCACAAAUAUCACCAAUUCAACCCCCAACAACAUCACCAUCACCACCAUUACCACCAACAUCAUCACCGCCAUUAUCAACAACAGCAACAGCACCAUCACCAGGAUUAAACACAGUUCCACUUGUACCAACAACACCAACUGGUGCACCAUCCCCCAUAAUCCCAAAAGGACCCACCAUAGACAUAAUCAACAUUCUUCAAAAAGGAAAAAGAUUCUCCGUUCUAAUUCGUCUUCUAAAAACAACACAAUUAAUCAACCAACUCAAUUCACAGCUAGUAUCAUCAUCAGGUUCGGGAGGGUUGACAAUUUUCGCACCAGAAGACUCAUCAUUCUCAAAACUCAAAGCAGGGUUUCUCAAUUCCUUAUCUGAUAGACAAAAAGUUGAACUUUUACAAUUCCACACACUCGCUUCAUUCAUUUCGAUCACAAAUUUCGAUACUUUGACGAAUCCUGUUCAAACGCAAGCCGGUGACGAUGCUCGGCUUCAACUUAACGUAACUACUUACGGUGGAAAUCAAGUUAGUAUGGCUACCGGAGCUGUUAAUGCUACCGUUACCGGAACUGUUUAUACGGAUAGUAAACUUGCUAUUUAUCAGGUUGAUAAAGUGCUUUUGCCUCUUGAUCUUGUUCUUCCGGCGAAGGCUCCGGCGAAAGCUCCGGCGCCGGCGGUUGCUAAGGGUGUGCCUAAAGGUGGAAAAACGAAUUCUUCGGCUGUUGAUGAUGGUAGUGAUGAUAAUGAUGAUGGGAAGGAUUUGCCGGCGAGUGUUUCGGCGGCGGAGUGUGUGAAUGUUGGGUUUGCUCUUGUUGUUGGAAUGGGUUUGGUGGGUGUUUCUGUUUUGUAAUGUGGAAUGUUGAAAGGGUUCAGUGAUUUUUUUGUUAUGCUUUUUUGAGGUUUUGUUCUGUUUUGUUUUGGGUGUGUGAGUGAUUCUGUGUGAAAAACAUGUAUGAUGGUUGUAUUUUGGGUUUCUUUUACUAUUUAUUCAUCUUCUUAUUUGUUUAUUUUGUUUUGGUAACUUGUGAUUUGUAUUUCUUUCGUGGAAUAUUUGAAUCCAAUUUAUACAAGAGGGACUUAGGUCCUGUAUAUAA